GUGCCUUUCUUCUGGAAAAUCUCCUUCUGCGCAGAAGACAGGGACGACCUGUGGCUGUUUCCUUCCUGGCUGCACCACUUGCUGGCCCCGGAAUCCCCAGACAGAUGCACGAUCCAGCGUCAGUCGGUGCAUGUGCCUCCUGCCUGGGUGCAGGGCGUGCUCCGAGGCCCAGGGGUCGGUCCGAGCAAAAGUAUCCGGAUCGCAAGACCCAGCGUCGUCGCCUUCGGCAACAUCGUACUGCAACUGCUUUCAGCCUUCUUGUGCGAC